UAUCAUCAAACGUUACAUACGUUCGCGUCCUGUCAACCGCAACUUAGGCGGUGGAUGUUCCAUAUAAAAGCUCGGGUAAUGGGGAUCGUCACAUUUUUCGACCAGCGAUGGCUGCUGCUCUCCAUCGUCUUCUUGCCGCAGCCAUCGUGCUACUUUCGCUUCAGGCAGCGCAAGGGGUUGAGAAGAAGAGAUUGUUCCCAGCUAUCUUCGUUUUCGGGGAUUCACUCGCUGACAAUGGGAACAAUAACUUCUUCUUGACUCUCGCUCGAGCUGAUAUGCCUCCCAAUGGCAUCGACUUUCCGUCUGGCCCGACUGGGAGGUUCUGCAACGGGAAGACGAUUAUUGACGUUUUGUGCGACUUCGUUGCUCUUCCAUAUCCGCCUCCGUCUCUCGCUCCGACGACGACGGGACCAAUCAUCUUAACGGGAGUAAACUACGCGUCGGCUGCCGGUGGCAUACUCGCAUCGAGCGGUAGAAACUACAUCGACAACAUGCCAUUGCUAAAGCAGCUCCAGCACUUUAACGUCACUCUCGACGCGAUCCGCAAACAGCUCGGCGUCGCCAACGCCACCAAGCACGUCUCCGACUCGAUGUUUGCGAUUGUAAUCGGCAGCAACGAUUACAUCAACAAUUACUACAUCAACAGCACCACUCGCUCGCGUUACACAACCAGAGAAUAUCGAGAAGUACUCAUCUCUUCACUGGAGAACAAUUUUAUGACCCUGUAUUCCAUGGGAGCAAGAAAGUUCGUCGUGUCGGGACUAGGCCCGCUGGGUUGCAUCCCGUCCGAGCUAAGCAGGAGAAACUCUACUGGAGAAUGCGUGGAGUCUGUCAAUCAUAUGGUAACCAGGUAUAACUUGGCUCUCAGGAAAAGCAUCAAAAGGAUGAAUUCAAAGCUGAGAGGAGCGAAGCUCAUCUAUACCGAUGCUUACCGAGCUCUCCUCGAGAUCAUCCAUGCUCCAUCGUCAUUCGGCUUUGAGAACGUCAACAGUGGCUGCUGUGGAGCUGGGAAAUUCAACGCCCAGUUGCCGUGCUAUCCGCUCAUAUCGACCGUAUGCAAACAUCGUAGCAGCUACGUAUUCUGGGACGCUUUUCACCCAACCGAGGCGGUAAACGUCCUCCUUGGCGCCAAGUUUUUCAACGGCAGCCAAUCGUACGCUCGUCCCAUAAACAUCCAACGGCUGGCAUCUGUCUGACGUGUAUCCUUUCUUUUCGCCAGUUUGGCAAAAGACAUAGUGACAUGUGGA